AUUAGAGACUACUACAUUAUGCAGUUCAUAUACUUCUUAUGUCAAUGAUGAAUAGUGAAUUCGAUAUUAACUAAGAAUAAGAGGCAGUAUGCAUUCGAUCAAUCAGAAAUGAAAAAAAAAAGAAGAAAAGAAAAAAGAAAACCAUCAGCAGUAGGUCAACUCAGAAGCAGAUGGGGGUUUUCACACAGCAGACAGAACCAGAACCAGUCAACACAAAAGAAGAAAAGAAAAGAAAAGAAAAGAAAAGAAAAGAAAAGAAACAACAACUAAAUCUUGGUAUCUCGCUCAAAGAGGGUCUAUCUCACUCAGAUGGAGGAUGGGGAAAGGGGAUCAUAGAGGACAAGCAAAAUGCACAAAGACAAAUAGCGCCAUCCGUAUCCACGCCACCGCACAGCCAAACCAUUGUGACCGAAAUGGAAAAGAAGUGUUCAACACCAGGGGCAAUGUAAAAGCAAACAGAGGGAAGAAAAAAGUUGUGGUAAAGUCACAGCAGGCCCGGAACAGAAAGGGCCAACCCAUGCGAAAAGAAACAGCAAACCCCUUUGAUAACAGUGGACACAGAAACCCACAAGCGCAAGUGGUAAUCCCUCAUCUCCUUUUCCCGCUCUCUCUCUUUCCCGUCCCCUUUCCCUCUUUUCCCUUUUUUUUUUUUUUUUUUUUUUUUUUGUAUCUCGAUCUUAUAUUUCUCAUCUCGUCAAUGCAUUGCCAUCCCACGUAGUUUGCGCCUUGUAAUCCAUGUUUCGCCUUAAGCCGGUCCCAUGCAUGUCGUAAGG